GGGGGGGGGCGGGCAGGAAGUGCCGCGCGGCCGCGCCCCCUCCCGCUCAGACACCCCCCGCCCGUCGCGGCGGGGCCGCUCUGAGGCGGCGGCGGGAGCGCGGAUCCCCCGGGACCGGGACCGGGACCGGGAUCGGGAACGGCGACGGCACCGGGAGCGGCGGCGGCCAUGGCGUGCAGCCUGAAGGACGAGCUGCUGUGCUCCAUCUGCCUGAGCAUCUACCAGGACCCGGUGUGCCUGGGCUGCGAGCACUACUUCUGCCGCCGCUGCAUCACCGAGCACUGGCUGCGCCAGGAGCCGCAGGGCACCCGCGACUGCCCCGAGUGCCGCCGCACCUUCGCCGAGCCCACGCUGGCGCCCAGCCUCAAACUGGCCAACAUCGUGGAGCGCUACAGCGCCUUCCCCCUGGACGCCAUCCUGGGCGCCCAGCGCAGCCCCUUCCCCUGCAAGGACCACGAGAAGGUCAAGCUCUUCUGCCUCACCGACCGCGCCGUCGUCUGCUUCUUCUGCGACGAGCCCGCCGUGCACGAGCAGCACCAGGUCACCAACGUGGACGACGCCUUCGAGGAGCUGCAGCGGGAGCUGAAGGAGCAGCUCCAGGGGCUGCAGGAGAGCGAGCGCGGCCACACCGAAGCCCUGCAGCUCCUCAAGAGGCAGCUGGCAGAGACCAAGUCGUCAGCCAAGAGCCUGCGGGUGACCAUCGGGGAGGCGUUCGAGCGGCUGCACCGGCUGCUGCGGGAGCGGCAGAAGGCCAUGCUGGAGGAGCUGGAGGCCGACACGGCGCGGACGCUCUCGGACAUCGAGCACAAGAUCCAGCGCUACAGCCACCAGCUGCGCAAGGUGCAGGAGGGCACCCAGAUCCUGCAGGAGCGCCUGGCGGAGGCCGACAAACACGUCUUCCUGGCCGGAGUGGCCUCCCUGUCCGAGAGGUUGAAGGGGAAGAUCCACGAGACCAACCUGACGUACGAGGAUUUCCCCACCUCCAAGUACAUGGGCCCCCUGCAGUUCACCAUCUGGAAAUCCCUCUUCCAGGACAUCCAUCCCGUGCCCGCCGCGCUGACCCUGGACCCGGGCACUGCCCACCACCGGCUCAUCCUGUCGGACGACUGCACCAUCGUGGCCUACGGGAACCUGCACCCGCAGCCGCUGCAGGACUCGCCCAAGCGCUUCGACGUGGAGGUGUCGGUGCUGGGCGCGCAGGCCUUCGGCGCCGGCGUGCACUACUGGGAGGUGGUGGUGUCCGAGAAGACCCAGUGGGUGCUGGGCCUGGCUCACGAGGCCGUGAGCCGCAAGGGCAGCAUCCAGAUCCUGCCCAGCCGCGGCUUCUACUGCAUCGUGAUGCACGACGGCAACCAGUACAGCGCCUGCACCGAGCCCUGGACGCGGCUCAACGUCAAGGGCAAGCUGGAGAAGGUGGGCGUCUUCCUGGACUACGACAAGGGGCUGCUCAUCUUCUACAACGCCGACGACAUGUCCUGGCUCUACACCUUCCGGGAGAGGUUUCCCGGGAAGCUCUGCUCCUACUUCAGCCCCGGGCAGAGCCACGCCAACGGCAAGAACGUGCAGCCGCUGCGCAUCAACACCGUCCGCAUCUGAGGGACCGCAGGGGGCUGCGGGGCCGCCCCAGGGACUGGUCCUGGCGCGGGACAGGAUCCGGCCUGUGCUUCCAGGGAAUCCCGGUGUGGGGGCUGGGAUGUGGCAAUAAAGGAUUUGGAGAGAA